AUGAAACUCCUAACAACCAACUUCCUCACCUGCGCCGUCAAAACAUGCAAGACAUCACCCCUCUCAUUCCCUUUACAUUUCAAAGACGCGACUUUGGAACGGACCGAAAUCGACUUCAACCCCUUAUUCAUGCGCAACAUUCUGCCCCGGGUCAACUGGGACGCGUUGGUCAGCACGGCUACGGAAUUGGGACUGCAGGCUUUAGUACCUGAGAAGAAUCCGGUGGAUGUGGUCGAAGAAAGACAGCCACAAAACGAACACGGGAAUGCUGAUGAUGAUGAUGAGGAAAUGAACGGCACUGAAACGGAAAAAGAGGCUGAGAGCCCGGUGGUCAAUGAGGAAGUGUUGAAGAAACUGCACAAUCUGCUGUUAGAGACCGGCGUGGUCGAGGGGAAACUGGUUUGUGGGAAUUGCGGGUUCGAGUAUCCUAUUAAAGAGGGUGUGGGGAAUUUUCUUUUACCGGCGCAUUUGGUGUGA